AUGGCCUGGCUCCAACAAACCCCCGGCUCAGGCCGACGCGCCUCCCCAACAGUCUUCGAACAGCAGCGUGAAGAACUCGUUCGCGAGAUUGCAGUGGGCAUGGAGCAAGUGCUUCAAAAUAUCAACCGUCUCAAUCGGAAUUUGGAGAGUGUUAUUGCGGUAGGCAAUGAAUUUGGAUCUGUAGAAGCUCUCUGGUCUCAAUUUGAGAAUUUUAUGGGCCGUCCUGAAGACGAAGUUGAAGAGACUGCUACUGGGAAGCGGAAGGUUAGUGGGGGUAGCGAUGCGCCGAUCAAGUCGGAAGCACAGCAUGAAAACGAUGAGGGGAAUUCAACAGCCAUGCAGUGA